AUGGAGGAUGUGGAAAGUGCGGUAGUUCAAAGUUUAGUGUUGUUCAAUGUUUUGUUCAAAGAAGAUAAAAACGACGACUUUGAUGAAAAUGACGGUAAUAUUUACGAGAAAAACAUAGAUGAAUGUUCAAAUUUUUUUGUGCGACGAAUGAUAAAAAAACGUAUCCCACGGUUGAAGAAUUAUGUGGAAGAGGUUAUACCAUCUUAUAGUGAUGAACAGUUCAAAUCACAUUACAGGAUGAGCCGAUUAACCUUUAAUUAUAUAUUGAAUCUUAUAAAAGAUUCAUCGACAAAAUCGAAAUCCGGUCGAUCAAUGAUACCACCUGAAAGGCAAUUUUUGAUCGCUAUAUGGAAAAUGGCCACACCAGAUUCAUAUCGAUCAAUCUGUGAGAAAUUUGACCCAGAAGGUAACAGAAUCGAAGAAGUUUUUAGAGGAUUUGCAGCAACUAGUGACUUCCCUAAUGUAAUAGGAGAGAUUGAUGGUACGCACAUUAAUAUACGGGUACCACACAACAAUCCAGAGUGUUACGUCAAUAGAAAAGGACAUCAUUCGAUACAAUUACAGGCUGUUUGUGAUCAUGAACGACGAUUCACCCAUUGUUUGUCUGGGCAUGUUGAUUCUGUUCAUGAUCAACGUGUAUUUCGACUGUCGGAAGUGAACGAGUAUUUGAAUAAUUCACGGAAAUUUCCACAUGACUGUCAUUUAGUCGAAGAUUCUGCUUACACCGUACAUAAGCAUUUAAUGGUACCCUACCGAGACAAUGGUCAUCUGACAGAAAGGCAAAGAAAUUACAAUUUUUGUCAUGCAUCUGCAAGCAUAACCAUUGAACGAGCUUUUGCAAUGUUGAAAGGGAGGUUUCGAAGUUUACAUACUAUGCUCGAUGUGGAGAAGGUAGAUCAGAUACCAGACUUCAUCAUUGCAUGCUGUGUUUUACACAAUAUCUGUUUGCUGCAAAGUGAUAAAUAUGUGAUUGAGGAUUCAAACUCCAUGGAAAAUGGCAAUGACAUCGAAACACAGACGACACACAGAAUGGAGAGAAAUUCCGGUUACUGCAAAAGGGAUUUAAGGAGAUAUCUGCCAUUUUUUCGAAAGCGUUGA